AUGGAUAGCAAGGCUUCUCCAGAGAUGCCUGCUCCAAAGAGCAACCAAGACGAUGAAUCCUUCAAAAACGAGACCAAUGUUAACACCACAGAUGUUGAAAUCCCUACCAAGUCUCGCACGUCAGCCAUCACAGCAAUCCUGACAAGUGGCCUGGCUCUAUUCUCUGAUGGAUACAACGCGCAGAUCAUAGGAUACAUGAAUCCGGUUUUUGCUAAGUUAUACCCCGAUAGUUUCUCCAGCUCGAUCAAGACUCGACUUUCCAAUGCAUUCCUCAUCGGCGAGGUCCUCGGGAUGCUCUUCUUUGGCUAUGUCAUUGACAGACUUGGCAGACGGACUGGUAUUGUGUUUGCUACCUUGUUUUUGGUGUUGGGUAUCAUACUUGCAACUGCAGCGCAUGGCAAGACUGAGCUGGGCAUGUUUUGGAUGAUGAUUGUCGGGAGAGGUGUUGCAGGGUUCGGUGCUGGUGGUGAAUAUCCUACUUGUGGUACAGGAAGUACUGAAGCUUCAGACGAGACCUCGUUUGUGAGACGCCGACGUGGACUCCUGGUCGCCGCUGCAACAGACUUUUCUAUCGAUCUUGGUUUUGUCAUGGCAGGUGUAGUCGCAUUGAUCGUGCUCGCAGCUUACCAUCAACAUGUUGGCGAUGGUGUUUGGCGUAUCAACUUCGGUAUUGGAUUUAUCCUACCAGUAGCACUUCUAUUCCUUCGACUUCGUCAGUUCGAUUCGACGCAGUACAAGAAGCAUGCGAUCAAGCAGGACAUACCAUACCUGCUUGUGAUCAAGAGAUAUUGGAAGCCAAUGCUCGGAACAUCACUGGCAUGGUUUUUCUAUGACUUUGUGACAUACCCUUUCGGAAUCUUCAGCUCGACAAUCAUCGCUACUUUGAAUCCCAAGGAUACCCUUCAACAGAACAUCGGUUUUGGUACGGUUGUCAACUGCUUUUACCUCCCGGGCUGCGUCGUUGGAGGACUUCUCAUGGAUCGUAUUGGCCGCAGACAAACCAUGACUCUGGGCUUUCUCGGAUGGACGAUCCUGGGCUUCAUUAUUGGUGGUGCUCUUUCUCCGAUCCAGUCCGUGUUUCCUUUGUUCAUCGUGCUUUACGGCAUCUUCAACGCACUCGGAGAGAUGGGUCCUGGCGUCGCCACAUUUCUAUGUGCUGCAGAGUCUUUCCCAACACCUCUUCGAGGACACUUCUUAGGCUUCGCGGCAGCCGUGGGAAAGGCUGGUGCAGCAAUUGGGACACAGGUAUUUUCGCCCAUUCAGGACUCUUUCUCCGAUAAACAGCAAGGUAUCCAGGCUGUGUUUCUCAUUGGAGCUGCCUUUGCUGCUGUAGGUGGUCUUGUUGCGUGGUUUCUCAUCCCAGAUAAGGACAAGGAACUCGAGAGCGAAGAUGCUCAAUUCCGACUGUACCUGGAGCAGAAUGGUUACAAGGGAUCAUUUGGUGAAGUGAUGAAGGACUAG